GGCCCCAAAGGAGAGUCUGUUCUUGGGCCUCCUGGUCAACCAGGGAUGCCAGGCCCACCUGGGAAUCCAGGCUAUGGUAGACCAGGUUCUGUUGGUCCUCCUGGGCCACCGGGUCCUCCAGGGACACCUGGGUUCCUCUCUGGAUAUGGUUCAGCUCUGAGCAUUGCUGGCCCCCCUGGUCCACCUGGACCACCUGGGUCUCCAGGUGCUUCCAGUAACUCAGCAACUUUGAAAACUUUUUCCACUCGGGAGAGUAUGAUGCAGCAAACCUUGAGGGUUGAAGAGGGAACACUGGCAUACGUCAGAGCAACAGGAAGUCUCUUCCUGAAGGUUUCUCAGGGGUGGAAAGAAAUACAGCUUGGGAAUCUGAUUUAUCUCUCCAGUAACAUUUUACAACAAGAUGAGCCUCAAGCUGCAAACCAAGUCAGAGGACAGGCGGUGCAAAGAAUACGUUCAAUAAAACAAAGACUGAACCUGGUGGCCUUAAAUCAGCCACAUUCAGGAAACAUGUUGGGGCUCAACAGAGCUGACAGGAUGUGUUACGAGCAGGCCAAGGCCAUGGGUUUGGCUCCCAACUAUCGCGCCUUCAUUUCAACCAACAGGCAAGACCUGAAGAAUGUCGUCUACCCUGCUUUUCGAGAAAAUCUGCCAGUUACCAAUUUAAGGGGGGAUGUGCUGUUUUUAAACUGGCGAUCGAUAUUCAGAGGUGACAGCGGGACAAUCAACACCAGGAUACCUAUCUUCUCCUUCGAUGGCCGAGAUGUUUCAGCUGAUUCCUUUUGGCCUAGGAAAAGCAUCUGGCACGGUUCAGGUAACAGAGGCGUCAGGCUCUUGGACAAACACUGCGAGACGUGGCAGGCAGACGACAUCUCUGUCAUGGGCCAGUCGUCCAGUCUGACCUCAGGUCUGCUCCUGGGUCAGGAGACACGAAGCUGCUCCAACGAAUACAUCGUUCUUUGUAUUGAGACCCAUAAAACGUAUUAACUCACGCCCAGCACCACUCCAGCAACAAACCAAACCAAAUCUUAAAACCAAGAAUCUUUAGACUCCAGGGAAAGAUGAUAGGAUGUGCAGUUCUACACAUCCUUGGUGCUACUUGUGGUAUUGAGGGGUGGGGGUGGGGGGUAAAACUAACCGGACUCUCUAAUUUUAUUAUUUUUCAUAAAAGAUAAUUCUUGGCUUUUUAUAUUAUUUAUAAGAUAAUCUCUCAAGAGAAGUAUAGCUUGAUGCAAUCCUCUGCAACAAGAGAAAAACAAACGUUUGGAUGGAUGUAAAGAAACUCAACAUGGUGACACAUGGUAAAGUAAAACAGAUUUUGUUGGGUUUAYUUUGAGCAGUAUGAAGAAUGUGGAAAUUAAAUGAUGCAGCACAUUGCAAAAAAUUGCUUCAGCUGUAAAGAGAUAUAUAUUUUUAUUUAUAAAGAACAAAAUAAAAAUGAUCACAGAGGGCUUUUUUUCUGCAGUCAUGAGAGAAUGUUGAAAAUAAGACCAUCCAUUUCAAAAGACUGUUAGUAGCAACUGAGAUUAGCUAAAUUUUAAAUUUAUCAUGAAAUGUGGCCUUUCAGAGACUGUUGAGGCUGACAUGUUUGGGGAUAGCUUUUAAAUGGUUGUCUUUGAAGUUUUUUUAGCAUUUGUAUACAUUGCACAAGAUAAAAUGUCUCAUUUAAAUGCCAGAAUGUUUCAAAAUUCAUUGUUCCUCAUCCAACAACCACAAGACUGAACAACCCGUGAUGCCACCAAAAUAAUUUUUUGAUGCACUGUAUUUUUGUUUUAUUUUUCUGUUUCAGCAUUKUUAAAGUGUUUGUAUUUUAGCUAUUUGUACAUUUUGAUGUCCCUCCUCAUUCUCUUUCUCGCUAUAGGCUUAUUUAAUUUAAAUUCAGUGAUUUAUUUAUACUGUCACAGCACAUAACAUGACACCAGAUGAUAAAAUCUAAGAAUGUAAUUUAUCAUUUAUUUGCCUCUUUUCACUGUUUGCCUUCUUCUUUUCUUUUUCUUUCUUUCUUUUUUUUGUACAUUGUUCUGUUUUAGGGCUAAUUUUGGAAUUUUACUUUGAAUGUCAGCAGAAGCUAAAAUAAAGUUUCACCAGGGGUAAAAGCAACAACAGUUCAAGUAUUCAAACUUAUGUCUGAAAGAAAAAUAAAUAAAUAAAGAAAAAAAAGUGCAAAAGUGAGAGUGCAUGUUUUACAUACAACUUUGUGCUUUCUUGAAUAAAGGUUUCCCUUUGGUCAGUGUA